AACAUCACUUAUCCAUUAAAUUUAAAAAAAAAGAUGACAUCUUCUAGUUCUCCCAUAUAUUUGCGUUACUAUGUUGGACAUAAAGGAAAAUUUGGCCAUGAAUUUCUGGAAUUUGAAUUCAGUCCUAAUGGAAAACUGAGAUAUGCCAAUAAUUCUAAUUAUAAAAAUGAUACUAUUAUUAGAAAAGAGGCCUACGUAAGUAAAGCUGUAUUAGAAGAAUUAAAAAGGAUAGUAGAAGUAGCUGAUAUUAUGAAAGAAGAUGAUAAAUUAUGGCCAUCACCUGAUAGAGUUGGAAGACAAGAAUUAGAAAUAGUUAUGGGUGAUGAAUACAUAUCGUUUUCAACAUCAAAAAUUGGAACAUUAGCUGAUACUGAUUCGAGCAAAGAUCCAAAUGGUCUUAAGGCACUUUAUUAUCUUGUUCAAGAUCUUAAAUGUUUUGUGUUUUCAUUGAUUAGUUUACAUUUUAAAAUAAAGCCAAUUUGGUAAAAUAUUUUUAUAUAAUAUGAUGUAGAUAUGUAAAUUAAUAUGUUGAUUAAUAAAGAUCUUUAAAAUAUAUA